CCAUAGUGAAUAAAAGAAAAUAUAAGUCUUGAUAAGUCUUUUUUAUAUCGACGAGAUUUUAAUAAAAAAUGGUUAAAGAGAAUAUAUUUGUAUAAUUUUGUUAAUCCUGUUAGAGCAAAUAUUGAGAAUUUGCUGAAAAUUGUCUUUACUUAUUCGUACUGUAUAUAAUAACUAAUCAUGGGAGAAAAGAGGCAAAAUAGUUUAUCUAAAGAAGAAAUUGCAAAGCAGUUCAUGUUGCCAGAAAGAAAAAGUAAAAUAGCUACUUUAUUAAAGCAAGAUGGACAAGCAUAUUGUAUAUGCAGAAGUUCUGAUAGCUCCCGUUUUAUGAUUGGUUGUGAUGCUUGUGAAGAAUGGUAUCAUGGUGAUUGUAUAAAUAUAACUGAGAAAGAUGCUAAACAUAUUAAACAGUUUUUCUGUAUUCGUUGUAAAGAGGAAGAUCCAACAUUGAUUACACGAUACAAACCACGUAAAACAGAUCAAGAAGAUCGAAAACAUAAAAAAUAUAAGGAAAAAGAACGUGCUCAUAGAUAUGAAUAUGAUGCACCUUGGGAUCCAACAUUAGUUAAAAAAUCAUCUAAACGAUGUGGAGAAUGUACAGGUUGUCUUCGUACAGAAAAUUGUGGAAAAUGUGAUGCUUGUAGACAUUUAAAAAAAUUUGGUCCUUCUGUACGAUUAAAACUUAGAUGUAUACAAAGAACUUGCAGAGUACUGGGUGAUCCAUUGAAGCCAUCAAAAAGUUUCACCAAAGCUUCAAAGUUUAAUAAAAAGCGUAGAAGGGAUUCAAGUAAUGAAAGAAUAGAAUAUUUAGAAGUACCACGACAAUGUUAUGGACCUGCUUGUACAAAACAAUCACGUCCAGGUAGUAAAUAUUGUUCAGAUGAAUGUGGAUUAAAGCUUGCUACAAACAGAAUUUAUCAAGUAUUGCCACAACGUAUACAAGAAUGGUCAUUAACACCAUGUAUCGCUGAACAGAAUAACAGACGUGCUUUAGAAUCAGUUAGGAAACAGCAACAUGAUGUUAGAAGAAUACUUCAAGAAUUGGAUAAAAGACAUGCAGAAUUAGACAGAAUAAUAGAACGUGCUAAACAUGCAUCUAUAGAUCCACAAACAGAGGUUGAUGAUAAUGAUGAUACUGAAAUGAGCAUGUAUUGUAUUACUUGUGGACAUGAGAUACAUUCGAGGACAGCUAUUAAACAUAUGGAAAAAUGUUUUAAUAAAUAUGAAUCACAAGCAUCAUUUGGCUCCAUUUUUAAAACACGUAUCGAAGGACAAGUCAUGUUUUGUGAUUUUUAUAAUCCUGUAAAUAGAACUUAUUGUAAAAGAUUACGUGUACUUUGUCCCGAACAUUGUAAAGAUCCAAAAAUCAGCGAAACUGAAGUUUGCGGAUGUCCAUUGGUUACUAAUGUAUUUGAUGCAACUGGUGAAUUCUGUCGCGCUCCAAAAAAGAGUUGUGUUAAACAUUAUGUUUGGGAAAAACUACGUCGUGCAGAAAUAGAUAUGGAAAGAGUAAGACAAUGGUUAAAAAUUGAUGAACUCGUCGAACAAGAAAGACAAAUUAGAUCAAAUAUGGCCACGAGAGCUGGAGUAUUGGCUUUGAUGUUACAUUCUACUUAUAAUCACGAAUUAAUGGAACAAAUGACUCAAGAACAAAGUAGAGAACAGCUGGAAGCAAUGGAAGAAGAACUACAACGUAGAUAUAAUUUACACCAAAAAAAAUCAAUAGAACAAGAAGCAUAGUUUCAUUGUAACAUAUAAAUAUGAAUUUAAAUCAGUUUUAUUCGCGUAAAUACUAUUUUUCUCAUCAUAUUGGAUUCAUAAUAGUUACAGAAUUAAACUUCUCUAUAAUUAAAAAAAUGCUUAUAACAUAAUUCACUUUUACGAUCAUAUUUAUUCAUAUGUAUAUAACAUAUUAUUGAUAAAAAUAUGAAUAAUAACUUAAAGGUUCUGUCUUCCAUUAGUAUAACAACUUUACCAAAAACAAUAUAUAAAAGUCGUAUGAAAAUUGUAAAAUGUUUAUUAAAAUUUACAUAUAUACUUGAAUAUAGAAUAAACUUUAUACAAGUUAUAAGUAAUUAAAUAAUGGAUAUAUAACCAAUUCACUGUUUAAUUUAUUAUAGGAACGAUAAUUUAUAUCUUCUGAAUAUUUCAAUUAUUUCGAUAAUUAUAUAUUUUUUUUUAAUAAAAACAAUGAUUAAUUUUAACUUGCAACUAAAUUGCAAAUUUUUACUGAAAUUAAAAUCAAUUAAUAUAAAUAUCUAUUCAAAAUAGGUUCAUCUGCAUGAACAUGUUUUGAGACAUUUUUUCUUUGUAAAAAAUUAUUUAAAAGAAAAGAAAAAUAUAUAUAUAAUUUAUAAAGAUUUA